AUGGCAACAAACCAAAGAGUCCGAAAGACACGAUCCAAAGUAAAUAGUGUUGGACGCCAAUUAAUAGAUUCAAACCCCAUUACGGCAUAUCUGAUUGAAAAACUUCAUCUGAUAGGCUAUCAAUAUUACAAUGACAAGGCAACCUCUUUCGCAGAACUCCGUGUUGAGGGUAUUACCCGAAGAUUUUGGGUGCAUAAAGAGUUCCUUGUUCUUCAGUCAAAUUUCUUUAGCGAAAUCUUUAAAAAUCGCGUCAAGAAUAACAACGAACCAAUCACUAUCACUGUUCCAUCCCCCGGAACGUUCGAGUCGAUCCUCGAAUAUUUAUACGAUGGGAACGAUGAUAAGUGGUAUGAUACCUUUACACCAGAGAAUUGGCACAGCGUCUGGGAGAACAUCAAAUUCCUUGGGCUGGGUGCAAAAGCUCAUGCCAUUUGCAUUUCGUUCUGCGAGAACCAGAUUAAUUAA